UGAAAGUCUUUGCUAUUCCAUCCACUGAAAGCCCGACCUCGCAUCUGCUUGCGCUCUCUGUCCUAACUGUCCUCUACUGGAGUGAGUUCUCAGUCGUCAUGUCACUGUUUGCCGAAGUUCCGCUAGCCGCCCCAGUGGCUGUCUUUAAGUUAUCCGCGGAUUUCCGUGAUGACAAGGACCCGAAGAAGGUGAACCUCGGAGUGGGAGCCUAUCGCACGGAUGACAGCCAGCCAUGGGUGCUGCCGGUGGUAAAGAAGGUGGAGAAGCUGAUCGUGGAGGACGGCAGUCUGAACCACGAGUACCUCCCCAUCCUGGGCCUGCCAGAGUUCCGCUCCAGCGCCUCCAAGAUUGCCUUGGGUGACGACAGCCCCGCCGUCAAGGAGAACCGGGUAGGUGCAGUGCAGUGUCUGGGCGGGACUGGUGCUCUGAAGAUAGGGGCGGAGUUUCUGCGCCGCUGGUACAAUGGAGUCGACAACACCAAUACCCCCAUCUAUGUAUCUGCUCCUACUUGGGAGAACCAUAAUGCGGUGUUUGCUCAGGCGGGCUUUACGGACGUGCGUCCGUACCACUACUGGGACGCUGCGAAUCGCGGGCUGGACCUGAGUGGUUUCCUUGGCGACUUGGAGGCUGCUCCUGAGCAUUCCGUCUUUGUGCUGCAUGCCUGCGCCCACAACCCCACCGGCACAGACCCCACUCAGGACCAAUGGAAGCAGAUCGCUGAGGUCAUGAAGAGGCGGAGCUUGUUUGUCUUCUUUGACUCCGCCUACCAGGGCUUUGCCUCCGGGAGUCUGGAGAAGGAUGCGUGGGCCGUCCGCUACUUCGUCUCAGAGGGCUUCGAGAUGUUCUGCGCCCAGUCCUUCUCCAAGAACUUCGGCCUCUACAAUGAGCGUGUGGGGAACCUGACGGUCGUGGCACGGGAUCCGGAGAACCUGGAGCGUACUCUGUCCCAGAUGGAGAAGAUCGUCCGAGUCACCUGGUCCAACCCCCCCUCACAGGGGGCGCGUAUCGUCGCCACCACCCUCAACUCACCAGAGCUCUUCCAGGAGUGGAAGGAUAACGUGAAGACCAUGGCAGACCGGGUCCUUCUCAUGAGGGCACAGCUAAAGGCGAAGCUGCUGGCUUUGGGAACCCCAGGGACCUGGGAGCACAUCACAGAACAGAUCGGCAUGUUCAGCUUCACAGGACUGAACCCUAAGCAGGUGGAGUAUAUGGUGAAGGAGAAGCACGUCUACCUGAUGGCGAGCGGCCGCAUCAACAUGUGUGGUCUGACCACCAAGAACAUCGACUAUGUGGCCGAAUCCAUCCACGAGACUGUCACCAAGGUCCAGUAGAGACACUGACCAGCACCGCCCAGAAGCCCUGUGUGUGUGUGUGUGUGUGUGUGUGUGUGUGUGUCCACCCUCUCCAUCUCAGGCCAGCCCUCUCACAAACCCUGUCUGUCUAGAUUUUAGACAAACACACACACACACACACACACACACACUACAGGCUUCAUCGUCAGAGAUGUGUGUUUAUCCUUAAUGUCCUCUUCUGUGUGUGUGUGUCCUUUAUUAGUUGUCUAAAAAGAAGCAGCACUUUGUCGUGGCGUUCAGGUUUCACACACAUUCAAUCAUAGCAGGAAGUCUGUAUUGUCAGAAGAGGCCAGUGGUUUGUGUGUGUGUGUGUGUGUGUGUGUGUGUGUGUGUUGAGUGAGAUUAAUAGCCUUUCAUUAAAAGCACAUUUCUGUCUUCAUUCAAUCAGGGUUGAAGCAUAGAGAGAGGCUGUGUGUGUGUGUGUGUGUGUGUGGGGGGGGAGGGAGGGGACAGUGAUGUCAUAUGCUGAAGCGCUCUCUCAGCCUGAAGAUCAAAGUCUCAGUGUCACUGCACUAGAACUCCUUUCACUGAUGAUCAACGUACGCGUGUGUGUGUGAGGGAGAUGGAUUAAUGUGACGUAUUAAGUCUCACAGCACACCCAUUCCUGGUUCAAAUGCGUACACAUACACAAACACAGCUCUAUGUGUUUUUGGGGACACUAUAUGUCCCUCACAUUUCAUGACGUAAACUGUGAGCUUUCUCCACCUGGAAUUCUGUGUGUGUGUGUGUGUGUGUGUGUGUGUGUGUGUGUGUGUGUGUGUGUGUGUGUGUGUGUGUGUGUGUGUGUGUGUGUGUGUGUGUGUGUGUGUGUGUGUGUAUUCCUCUGUACUUGUACACUGUCACCUCAGCCACUAAGCAGAAGAACUGAUUAACUUUAAUUAUGAUACGAAAAUAAAUAAACAACCUGUCCGUACACAA